AUGAAUAAAACAUCUUCCAUCGCCAAAGCAGCAUCAUCGGGAGGAUCAAUAAAAUGCGGUAAUCUCAUGUCUUGGCUUAAACGGCAAGAAAUUCCACUAGAAAAGAAAACUGCAUCAAAUAUUUCAUUUGUUGAAAAAAAAGAUAUUUCAGAAAUGAAUAACACUUCUGGAAAUUAUUCAGAAGCAAAGAAAGAAGAUGUCGCACCAACGCUACAAGGAUCAAUAGAAUAUCUAAAAAGUCUGGUUGAAGAUAUUGGUUGGCGAAGAGUGCUUUUGGCUGAGUUUCGAAAGGAAUAUAUGGAUAAAAUUGUUAAAUUUUUGAGGACGGAGAAAGAAAAGGGAGUGAAGAUUUUUCCACCGCAACACCAAAUUUUCAAUGCUUUUAAUCUUACUCCGCUUCAUCGAAUUCGCGUUGUACUUAUAGGUCAAGAUCCCUAUCAUGGUGAAAAUCAGGCACAUGGGCUGUGCUUCUCAGUUUGCAAAGGUGUCAGACCUCCACCUUCGCUUAUAAAUAUCUACAAAGAACUGAAGACGGAUAUACCAAAUUUCAAAAUUCCCGAUCAUGGCUGCCUCCAAUCUUGGGCCUGCCAAGGUGUCUUUAUGUUGAACGCUACACUUACUGUCGAAGCUCAUCGACCAAAUUCGCAUAAUCAUAUAGGAUGGCAAAAGUUCACUGAUGAAGUAAUUCGCAUCAUUUCACGUGACUGUAAAGGAGUCGUUUUUUUGCUUUGGGGAGGAUUCGCUCACAAAAAGGAACAUAUAAUUGACAAGAAAAAGCAUGUCGUUAUCAAGACUGCACAUCCAUCUCCAUUAAGUGCACGCAUGUUUUUCGGUUGCAAAUGCUUUUCAAGAACCAAUGAAGCACUGGUGAAACUUGGACGACCAGCCAUUGAUUGGGGCACAUUAUGA